UACCAACUGCGCGCGUGCAUCUUUCAAGAAUUGCUAUAUGAAGACGUACGUGCAACCAGUGCUCAUCACCUCCUGCGUCCGUAUCGAUCACUUCCAUUCUUCCCGCGCUUCCGUGCGGGUUGGUCUGAGGCUCCAGCAUCGUCAUCUCGGGUUCGGAGGCCAUUCUCGGUCGAGACCAGUGGACCUUUGCCUUGUAGGACGGGAUGAAUAUGGCACCCAAUAAGCUAAGUGCUGUACAUCCCCCUUCUUCGACUUCCCUCCG